AUGCUGGGAUGGGGAGACAUGGAGGGAGAUUGUGGUGGGGAUGAGGAGGAGGAUGACGAGGAGGAUGAGGAGGAGGAGAAGGAGGAGGAGGAUGAGAAGGAGGAGGAGAAGGAGGAGGAGGAGGGGGAGGAGGAGGAGGAGGAGGAGGAGGAGGAGGAGGAGGAGGAGGAGGAGGAGGAGGAGGAGGAGGAGGGAGGAGGAGUGGGGGAGUUGACAGUCCCCUCACUGACUGCAUCAGCACUGUCAGGGCCGCACACCCCACCAGAGCAGAGCUCCCCCUGGCCGUCGUCAGACCCGCAGAUGGCACAGGUGGAGGCGGGGCGCUGCAGCAGACCGGAGGAGCGGCAGUAG